AUCACAUCACAUCGCCAUAUCUCCAUCACUUAUAGGGAGACCUUUACGCCGCGACGAGGCCGCACUUUCGAUACGACAGCGAACCAGAAUUUUCUCCAUUCGGCUGCUGCGCUUAAUCUCCGCCCGCGAUCAAUGUUUCAACUCUGUUGUUAGACUGUUUACCUCAUCAACCACCUAAUCACCCAUCUUGGAACCGGUGAACCGCCUGUAUUUUCGAUCGACCGCUCUUCUCCUUUUCGUCUGUUUUCCGACUUGGAGAAACUCUGUCUUGAACACCCCGUUUUCUUUUUAAAGGGAAACCGCCAUCCUGUCUGAAUUUCAGGAACUUGGAAUUGGACCAUCUACGUCUUUAGACAAUAAGACUUCAUCACCCGCUUCUUCAAGACCGCCAAGCACGCGCACAACUUCAAGCCAUCAUCGCGAACCGACUCCCGAUAACCUAAAAUCCGCCAAAGAGCCGGAAUCACACAUUCUUUUAAAGUGCGAGCAGUCCCCGCCGCCGCAGUAUCCCGCCUCCGAACCUUCAACCUCGCGCCCUCCCCCCUUCUCGUCGCUCUUUACCUCCCCGACAACCGACGCUCACGAGCGCUCCAACAAAUUCGUUACAUUUACUGCUCGCUCUCCUUGUGAAGCAGAAGCAUCAGGAUCCGCUGCGCCAGCAUACGAAUCUUCUUCGCCAAGAGAAGCACUUCCGUUCGACCCAGACCAAAUCACUACUGCAUUUCGCGAUCCAGUCGCGGAAACCAAGCGCGCGCUUCCUCGGGACACCAAGGGAGAUUCUAAUCGAAAGGACGACGACGCAGAACCGCCUCCGGCUUAUUCAGAAGAGGGCGAUAGUCCCCUUGCCGCAUUCUCUUUCCUAAUGGCUGCCGCAGGAGGAGCUUCAAGCAUCAUCACUCAGGUGCAACAGGGCGGACCGCCCAUUAGCACUCUGGGUGAUGUUGGUGCCGAUGAAACAAUUGCUAUGGACCUGAGGGGCACAAGAUUUUAUCUCUCCAGAGAUGAGUUGCUUACUUUGCCUGAAUUUGUUCUUCUUUCGUUGUUCCCCAAUGGCCUAUUUCCAGAGGGUCAAAUGGGCGGUUUUUCUGACGGCGAUGCCGUGCAAGUAGACUACGACCCAGCUUCGCUUCAGUACAUGCUUGAUUUCUUCAGAGACGUUGCACAGUCUAUCCCUACAGACGGAUCACCAAGUGCUUCGCAAGAAGAGGAUACGCCCUCUCUUGGUACCUCGCGUGACGACUCUAAGCGAGCCGGUAUCAUUGUACUCCGUGAGGACCUUGACUUUUACGCUAUCCCCCCCCGACCAGACAUCGGUCAGCUUGACAUGAUUGCUGUGAAGCGGGCAGCCGCAGAGGCCUUGCAGCAACAGUCCGGCAUCUUUUCCGGACUCAAGCGAAGCGACGAGCCCGGUACUACCGAGGCCCAUUUGAUUGAGAUGUUGACAGCAGGUGGUUUCAACCACGACGACCGAUGGGGCCACCGUGCUGGUGAGCCCAACAAGGCUGUCAUUUGCAGUUUGGCACUUGCCCGUCUGCGCAGCGAUAUCCGAGGCAACGAGAUGGGUACCAACGCUGUUGGCAUGGCCCAAAAGCUUCUCCUCUUCUGGCGCAAACCCGCUCGCCGAUGCUGGUGGGAGGGCGUUGAGCUCGAGAACGUUGCUGGCGUUGAGGGCAAACUCAAGGUCUGGAUCCGAAGGGUAUGGACCCUUGAGAUGAGUGUCAUUGGUCUUCGUUAAACCAUCAUGUCCUGCAUUUCCCUCCUCGAAAAACGUAUAAUUGUUGCCCUCUUUUUCUUGUCUAUCACACUUUGUGUAGCUUUGUUUUUUUAUCCCCCAUUCACUCCCAUCUUUUCACUAUUUCCUCCCAUCCUACGUAGGCUACCCGUUGUCUUUCUCUCUCUUUUUUUUUUUUUUUUACAAAACCAUUUCGUCCUGCGAUCGAAGUUGGCGGAGGUUGGCCCCAAUGCUCUUGGGCAGAUGCAAAAAAGCACAUACGUGGAAAGGAAGAGAGGGUUUUGAUCCAUUGAGAUUCACAAAGGGCGGGCGUCAGGGUGCCAUUGGAAUGUUGGGAGUUUCUUUGCAGACCUCCCAUCUGUAUUUUCUUUUUUCAUGUUUGAUAUACAGCAGAGAUAAUAUAACUACUCAAAGACA